GAUGGGGGGCGCCGCGGGGACCGCCGUGGCUUAGCCUGGGCUCUCCAGGGAGCCGUGGAUGGAGCAAGCCGCUCCUGGAUGGUGGGGGACGCAGAGGGCUCGGUAGUUCAGGCUUGGGCUUGCCAGCCGGAGCCUAGGGGCCUCUGACGGGUCCGAGAGCCCCCCUCAGAGCUCACCAUGGAAGGCUGUGGCAGCCUGGAGUGCGUUCCCGCUUCCCCGGAACCAGAGAGCUGGGAAGUCUCGGGAGCAGCGCAGGAUCCCCCCGACUCUGAAGCGGUGUUGUGCAGGGCAAGAGGGGACGCUGACGGGAGGGGGACAGGGCCCCCCUUGGGCAUUCCCCAGAGCAAUGGCCAGCCAGAGCCCUGGGCCCCGUCUCCCCGUGAGGCUGCCGACCCAGAGCCCCCCAAGACGGUGCUGCCCCCAGGUCCUCCCAGCCUCCCUCCCGACCGCUCUGUCUCCAGCACCUCGACCUGCUCCUCGCUGGCUGGAUCUUCACAGGAGUCCGACGAGGUUUUCAGCGACUUGGAAGAGAAGAGCCCCAGCAUGAAGCGGGUGCUACGGAAGACCAAGUCCUGGAAGACCUUUUUCACGAUGGUGCACUGGUCCCUACGGAGACGCAGCUCCUGGGUACAGUUGGCCGGUCACGAAGGAAACUUCAAGGCCAGUGAAAAGGGACAGAUCCUGAAGAAGUUCAGUCCCGUGGAAAAUGCCUGUCUGGUGGAGCUGAUGGGCGACGUCCUGCAUCCCUUCGUGCCCACCUACCAUGGAGUGGUGGAGACCAAUGGGGAGCGCUACAUCCAGAUGGACGACCUCUUGUGCGGCCUCGACAUGCCCAGCAUCAUGGACUGCAAAAUGGGCACCAGGACCUACCUGGAAGAGGAGGUGAACAAAGCUGGGCAAAGCCCAGUGGCACGGCGGGACUUGUACCAGAAGAUGGUAAAGGUUGACCCACUGGCCCCCACGGCCCAGGAGCAUGGACAGGCGGCUGUCACCAAGCCACGGUACAUGCAGUGGCGGGAGAGUAUUAGUUCCAGCGCUUCUCUUGGAUUCCGUAUCGAAGGCGUUACGAUUGAAGGGGGGGCCGUGCAGAGGGAUUUCAAGCAGAUCCGGACGAAGGAGCAGAUUGUGGAGACCUUCUUGACUUUCACCAGGAACCACCUGGAUGUGCUGGGCACGUACCUUGCUCGCCUGGAGAGUCUACGCCAGGUCCUGAAGGAGUCCACCUUUUUCAAGACACACGAGGUGAUUGGCAGCUCCCUGCUUUUCCUCCAUGACCGGAAGGGCCAGGCCAGCGUUUGGAUGAUUGACUUUGGCAAGACGCGUCCCGCCCCAGAAAACAUUCACCUGAGCCACAACGUGGCCUGGACCCAGGGAAACCACGAGGACGGCUACCUGCUCGGCUUGCACCACCUGACUGACACCAUGCAAGGUGCCCUGGACGCGGCGAGGAAGCACCAAGAAGAAGCGGCCUCUAUCCACUCUUGAGCCCGGCACGGCUUCUUGCCGGCCCUCGGUCCCAAAAAGAGAGGAGGUAGAAAAGGGCCAGUGGGUGAGUCAGGAGGGAGGCCGACCUGGGGCAAGAAGAGCUGCGCGAUCCCUGGCCGCCUCAGCACAGAGCCCCCAGUGGCGUCAAACUACGGAGAAUUUCCAAAAGGGACAUUUGUAAUAUUUGAUCUCUGCCCAGGACUUUCUUUGUGUUGCACGUAUGGAAAUACAUGGGGGUUUCUAUAUAGCCUUUAGGCCCCAGGAGGAAGGCAAGGUGCACAGAGCGUGCAGGGCCAGGCCUUGCAUGGGCAUGGGACUGCUGCCGUGUGCAAAAAAUGACAGCUAGAACAUCUUAAAAUGCAGUUCAGCGGCCUUCACAUUAGCUCCUGAACACGCCAAACCACCUUUUACAAAAUCAGAAUGUCAGUCUAUCCAGGUCGGUACUGCCAAACUGGCAGCCGCCCUCCAGAGCCUCAAGUGGAGGAGGAUCUUUCACACGGCCUACCACCUUAACCUCCCCAUUUUUAAAAAUACUAGCUACAUCCAGAACUGAACUUGGGUCUUUGUGCAUGGGAAGGAGAUGCUGCUACUGAGCCACGGCCCCUCCGCCCCUGAAGUUGCCUCUUUACAGUACACCUUUGCCUCGAGGAUGUGUGAGUGCGCGCACACCCACACACCAGUCACUUGGCCAGAGGAGGGACAUAGAGGAAAAGGCCAGGGUCAGGCAAGAGGCAGUGACCAGACUCCGCACACCUGUGAGCUUCUAGCCCUAAUGAUUCCAAUCCACCCCCUUCCUGGAAGACAGUCUGUCCAAGUGAGCCUUUCGGGAAAGACUCAAAUCCAGAAAAGCUACCAACGAACCCAGUAGCGAAUUGCACCCUGUUCGCACAUUACAGUGAACGCACGAGCAGUCCUUGUACAGUUUACACUUGAUUUUCCUUUAUAUGCGUGCUGAGUAAUUCUUGUGUUAAGUCAACACGUUCCCCAACUAAUCAUGUGGUUUAAAGCCCACCAUUACCCAGUUCCCUGGGGAAGUGAACACACUGGUGGCUCUUUUUCCUUGCACGCACAUAUGUGCUGGAGGGUUCUGUGCGUUCGCUGCAAAAUGCGAACAGAGGCUGGUGACUCAGUGCGGCAGCAUCCCCUGCCCCUGGAUCCUUCCCCCACCCAGAAUAUCUACACUCCUGAAGCACGACUUAGUGACACGACGUUGCUCUUUCCAGGAGCAGCAGCUCGACACAAAGAUCCUGCAGGAUGGUUCCUCCACGUUUCUCCGGGAAGCGCUGGCGGUGAUUGUGUCAUCACUCGGGGGGUGGGGGGGUGGCGCACCUUGCACACGUGUUAGCACCCCCUGGCAUAAGGCUGGUUUUCGUGCCAGCCUGGGAUGCGGCAGAGGGCAAGCAGAGUGUGGGCACGUAGUAUGAGCAGCUAUUGCUGGGCAAGGGGAGGUUCCCACCCCCUAAAAACAUUUCACUCUCCUAAAUAAAAAUGCUAUCUUGUUCCAAAAGGGGACUGCUUAAUUUAUUCUCAGCCUUCACACCCACAA